AUCUUCUUCCGAUUCAAUCCCAGCAACUUUUGCGUGCCUGUAUACCAGAUAAGGAUGAAACCACUCGCCUUAAUCACCGGGUCUACCGGCUUUAUUGGCUCAACAACUACCCUCCGCGUCCUGGAAGCCGGAUACAGAGUACGACUUGUCAUUCGCCGUGAACAACAGGCUGAUAAGCUGCGGCGCAUACUCUCCCAAUAUGUCGAUGAUCUAGACUUUAUAACUGUGCCUGACUUAACCAUCAGUGGAUGUUAUGAUCGUGCGUUGCGAGAUGUGGAAUAUGUCUUGCAUAUAGCGUCUCCCCUGCCGACUCCGGGGAAUACUGAUCUACUCACACCCGCUGUGAAAGGAACUACAUCGAUGCUGCAGUCGGCAUUGGAGGUCUCUUCUAUCAGAAAGGUAGUCAUCACGUCUUCGGUGCUGGCAUUUGUACCACUGAAUUCGGCGAAUGAUGGACUUGAAGUAACAGAAAAUGACGAGGUUGAGUGCAGCUUCGACUCGUCCAAGGUUCCUGAUCUCGACCCCAUGGCCCAAUAUCAUAUCAGCAAACUCGCAUCUCACAAAGCCACACUGGAGAUCGCGGAGCAGAAUCAUCCACACUUCGACAUCGUAACUCUACAUCCUGUCUAUGUGUUUGGCCGCAAUAUCCUUCAAGAAACAGCAGACGAAAUCGGCGGAACGCCCGGAAUGCUCUUCCAAUCGCUCAUGUCCGACAAGCCGCUCGUCGGUCAAUUCCGGGGCGUGCAUAUCAACGAUGUCGCCGAGGCGCAUGUCAGGGCAUUACGGGAUGAUGUCAAAGGCCUGAAUUCCUAUUUGCUUGCCUCUGAGAGUCGCUCGUGGGUGGAUGUUGCGAAAUUUUUGAGGGAGCGGUAUCCGGCUAUGCCGUUUGGGUUGAAACUGGGAGACGCGAGCACGGAGGCGUAUAGAUUU